AUGAUCUUGUUCUUUAAAGGUGAAACAUCAAUCACUGAUGACCCCACCCAUCAUGUGUUCACUGUUACCAUGAGAAAGCUUCAGAUGAUGGACUCUGGAUAUUACUGGUGUGCUGUAGAGAUCCAGCGCGCUCGAGAUAAGGGAGCAUAUCUGUACCUGUCAGUCACUGCAGACACUCCUGGACUCUGGGUUGAGCAGCAGGAGGUGGCCGGUGUGGAAGGGGGCCAUGUCAGUGUGCCGUGUCACUAUAAUGAACCGAGCAGCAUGAAGAAGUGGUGCAGGAUAAAGGGCUCCUGUCUGGAUGUGAAUUCUGGUAAAUCUGGUAAAUCUGGAAGAUCAGAGAUGAAAGAUGGCCACUCUAAAAAGGUCUUCACUCUGAUCGUGAGGGAGCUGAACAUGGAGGACACAGGCUGGUAUUGGUGUGCUGCUGGAGAACUACAGAUCCCUGUUCACCUCACUGUCACUCAGAAAACUACAACUACCACAGUCACCACACUGAGGGUUGAGAGAAACAGUGUUCUAAAUGUCAUGUUGUGA